CUGCGCAGGCGCACGACACGCGACGUGGGCAUGGCCACUCUCAGGCUUCUCUCAAAUAACCUGUCUAAACUUACGUACAAAAUUGGAGUUAAACAUGUCACAUCGUGAUAUCGAUAAUAACAGCAUGAACAACUUGUUGGACGAGAAGAUCAUCGAUCUGGAAAAUUGUAGAAAAUUAGUCAAAUCGUAUAUCGAUUUGCACCUGUAUAGUGCAGCCUUGUUUUGGGCCGACAAAGUGGUGUCGUUGAGCAAUGAGGACCCAAAAGAUGUAUGCACUCUGGCGCAGUGUAUGUACCUCAUGAAGCAGUAUCAUCGUGCUGCUCACCUUAUAAAGAGAUAUGGAUUAGAGAAGAGCGAUGUGAUGUGCCAUUACUUAACUGUGAGGUGUCUGCUGGAAGCAAAAGAAUAUAAUGAUGCCCUUCAAGUUAUUAAUGAAUCUGAAAUAUGUACAAACAUAACGCAAGCAGGUAUUACCUUUGCCGAUCGUACGGACAUUUUUCAGGAUGCUCCUAAAAAUGUCCAGAGUUCAAUAUUAUAUGUGAAAGGACGAGUAUACGAAGCUAUGGAUAACAGAGCAGUGGCAACUGAAUGCUAUAAGCAAGCUUUACAGUGUGAUGUUUAUUCGUACGAAGCGUUUGAAGCUUUGGUGCAAAAUCAAAUGCUUUCAGCUUCUGAAGAGCGAGAACUGUUGGAAUCCUUGCCAUUCGCUGAACAGUGUACGAAAGGUGAAGCGGAACUCCUACGACUAUUGUACGAUAGCAAAUUAAAGAAAUAUCAAGAACCAAACACGAAACAGUCAUUAACUACAUGUAGUGUAAUGGGAAUUUGCGUCACUGAAAGAUUAGCAGACAAUUUGGAUAUGGAAGUUGCGAAAGCUGAAAGAUUAUAUUAUAAUUGUGAUUAUCAUCAAUGUUUCUCACUUACAGAAAAAAUCUUGAAAAAAGAUCCAUAUCACAAUGCCUGUCUUCCAGUGCAUAUUGCCUGUUUAGUUGAGCUUAAAAAGACCAACGCUUUAUUUUAUCUGGCGCAUAGAUUAGUUGAUUUAUACCCGGAAAUGGCGUUGGCAUGGUUUGCUGUUGGAUGCUAUUAUUACACUAUAGGUAAAAGCGACCAAGCAAGAAGAUACUUAGCGAAAGCUACUGCACUGGACAGACUAUUUGGUCCUGCUUGGUUGGCAUACGGACAUUCCUUUGCGGUUGAAAAUGAACACGAUCAAGCUAUGGCUGCUUAUUUUAAAGCAUCGCAGUUAAUGAAAGGUUGCCAUCUUCCGCUUUUAUAUAUUGGAUUAGAGUGCGGAUUGACGAAUAAUCUAAAACUGGCCGACAAGUUUUUUCAACAAGCUCAAGGAAUAGCGCCGAACGAUCCUUUUGUAAUACACGAAAUGGGCGUUAUAUGCUUCUAUAAUUUAGAUUACAAAAAUGCAGAACGAUUAUUUAAGAAAGCUAUGAAAAGCAUUCAGGGUGACCUAAGGAAUGUGAUUCUUCCUAGUAAGUGGGAGGCGUUACUGAAUAAUCUAGGCCACACUUGUAGAAAAAUGAAAAAAUAUGACGAGGCAUUAGAAUACCACCAGCAGGCGUUAGUCUUAGAUCCCCUGAAUCCAUCGACCUAUUCAUCAAUCGGAUUUAUUCAUGCGCUAAUGGGUAAUAUCCAGGAGGCGGUAGAUGCUUUCCAUAGGGCGCUCGGUCUCAGGAGAGACGAUACAUUUACUGCAACCAUGUUGGGUUACGUCAUGGAGCAGCUGAUUGAUGAGGCACCCCCAUAUCCUGAUGCGCCUACAGAGGUACCAAAAUAUAAAUCUGAGACAAAUGAAAGGUUACCUGAAGAUAAUGAAGUUAGACUGUCUGUGGAAAAUUCCAGCAACGUGGGCAGCAGCUCAAGCAAUCAAAAUAUCGAUAAAUUGAGAGUAAAUCUAUUCUCUGGAAGCUGGGGGGAGAAUUCCGGCAAAGGAGAAGCUAGCACGCCCAAGCUGGAGCAACAAACACGAGACGUACUGGUCGUUAAUUACUCGAACGGUGAUAGUUCCGAAGUUGAAAUGUUAGACUCUUCAACUGCACACAUAGAAUACAAUUAAUCUAUAAAAUUUGUUAUCACGAUAAAAGUAAUAACAAUUUUUUUUCAUACUGAAGCAGAACGGUAAUUUCAGUUAAGAUGCAUUCAGUGAUAUUUCAGCAUAGCAAAAUGAUUGUAAAUAACGUGUACAUAUUUUUUUAUAUAUAUACUCUAAUUUUGAUACACCUUAUAAAGACACGAACUUUUCGCAGCGGAAUACUAUAUUUCGCUGGUAUCGUAUCAAUCUGUAAAUUUGUUAGCUUGAAGAAUAAAGAAUGUAAAGAAUGUAAA